AUGCGCAAGCGUUCUGCACAGAAUGACAUUACAGUGCGGCGCAUUAUUUAAUCGUGUGUUAAAAUAAUUUCUAAAUAACGUAAGAAGAAAAAUUUAAGCAUUUAAAAGUCAACAAGGGCUACAACAAACACGAUCAUCAGAGAUUCGACAUCUAAUUUUAGUUUCUGUUUUGCCUCGACAACGAGUAGUUGUGCGUGCCAACAAAGAAUCUAUCGUAAACCACCUUAUUGAUGGUAGGCUCCAGCUUUCCAGCAUGACACACUUAAAAAUGAAUAUUGGAAUAUUUUUCAACGAUCUCUACAAAAUAAAAGACAAUGAAGAUUUUAUGGAGCAAUUUAUCAAUCACUCAAAGUCUGGGAGCCGACACAAGAUGAUCGAGAUGGUUAUGCAACAACAACAGGUGGCUGGGUUAAAAAUUUGUUCAGCGUUUGUCGGAAAAAACAACGAAAAAGCCCGUAAUUUAUUCAGUGAUAUUAAUCUGAUAAAAAAAGAUACCGCUAGAGAGACAAUUGCUCACAAAAUAAACCAACUGACUCGAGGAUUGUUUGCUGUUGAAAGCGAGAAUUUAUUGGCUAUUGAAAUUAUUUUGUCGCGAGCAAGACACGAAUUUAGCGUUGGGCUGCAUGAAAAGUGCUGUAGAGACUGUGAUUACGCGAUUGAAUUACUAAAUAGUGUGCAAAUGUCUAGAGAAAAUGAAUUGGAUAAUUAUAAAACUCUGUUCAGUGCUUUGAAGCACCAGGCAUUGAAGUUAAUUUACAAGAACAUUAAUAAAUUUGACUGCAACAAUAAUCCGACGGUAAGUGUUAAAGUUGAUGGAAAACGCAGUAAAAAAUUGUUGAGUUGCAGUGACGCAGUGACUCUUUCUCAUGAUUCUGUUCGCGGAAGACAUUUGAUUGCCACUAGAAACAUAAAAGCUGGCACUGUCGUUAUUAUUGACAAACCGUUCGCAUUUAGUACUGAUAAACAAGCUCUUUGCACCAAUUGUCUGCACUGUCAUGUGUCGUUUUCAUUGGAGGAACAAACGAAGAUACCUUGUUCCAAUUGUCAAACAGUUGCCUUUUGUUCAGAAGAAUGCCGUAAAGAAGCUUGGGAUAGUUACCAUAAGUACGAAUGUAUAAUCUUUGAUAUUUUCAUUGAAAAUUUGGAUUCAAAUCAACAAUGCUCCCAUCUUCUAUUGGCAUAUCGUACCACAGUUAUCAAAGCAAUCAACAAAGAAUCUAAUACUUUGGAUAAAGAAUUUUUAAAUUACCACAGAGAAGAAAUUGACAAUGAUAAUAAAUUUAAUAAAACAGUUAUAAGUAGGUAUGAUCCUUUGGAUUAUAAGACAGUUUAUUUACUGGAGACUCAUUGCAAAAAAUCCGACCCACGGGUCAAUUUGGCUCGUGCAAUAAAAGCUGUUUACUUAGCAAAACGUAUGCAGUAUGUAUUUGAACAAACUCGGGUGGAAAAUAUUGAAGAAGAAGAAAUAAAAAUACUGGCAGUAGCAAUAAUGCGACAUAUGCAAGCGAUUAAUUGCAACGCUUAUGAAAUAGUUGAGAAUAUUCGGGAUCAAAGGACGAAAAUAUGGGAACCACGAAAUAUUGGUGGUGCUAUUUAUACCACUGUAAGUCUUGUUAAUCAUAGCUGCUAUCCAAAUGUUGUUCGUCACUCUUAUCCAGAUGGUAAAGUUGUAGUUCGUGCGUUAAGAUUUAUCGCAAAAGGAUCUGAAAUUCUAGAUUGCUAUGGACCACAUUUUAUAAGUGACGAAUUACUUUCACGUCAGAAACUUUUAUCAGAUAAAUAUAGUUUUAUUUGUACAUGCGAGGCCUGUAAGAAUGACUGGAAAUUAUCUACAAGUGAUACAGUAUUUCGAUGCUUGUGUGGAUCUAAGAUCGAUGUUAAACAAUCACACUGUACACGCGUGUCCUGCUCGCGUAAGGCUGACAUUAAAAAAUUAUCUGAUCAGUUGAUUAAGUCAACUAAAAAGCGUGUCAGCGCGAUUAACAUUAUGUACGACGGAAAUUACGUGCAAGCGUUACCCUUAUUAUUAGAACACUCUGCGUUUGUUCAUAAAAAUUUAAUAGAGCCUAACAUUGAAGCCGCUAAAACACAGCAAUCGAUAAUACAAUGCUUCAAUAGUAUGUCUAAUAUAAGUCAACUUUCAAGUGCUCACUUUUGAUUUAAUUUUUAAAAUUUUAUUCCAUCUAUCGCCUCUCAUUGUGAUGUAAUAAAUUGUCAUUUUUAAAUGUUAAAUGCUUACAAUAAAAUUUCAACAAAACAUUUAUUUAAAGGACAUAUAUUUAUUUUUUCAGGAGGAGAAAAUUAUUUUAUUGUCUUUAAAAUACAAGUGAAUAACCAAUUAUCACAACAGUCCUUAAAUCUAUGUAUUUGCUAAUUAAUAGCGCAGUGAUAUUUUUUUUUUAAUUUAUACUUUACUUA